GAAGAUUUGGUGGUUCCCGACUCAUUGAAGGAAGCACAACUCUCGUUAAGAUUGAACAUUUCCACCAUACGUGAUUUCAUCCAUCAGGUCGAAAAACUGAAAAUCCUGCGAGAUCAAAAGUUAGGCCUAUCCACCGAAGUUCAAUUGAAGAUGUCUCGAAAGUCGGAGCACGGGUUAGCGGAUUCGGAAUUUAGGAGGUAUAGCGAACUCGAGAAAAAAUUUGGACUGGAUUGGGAGAAAGUCGACGUGAUAAUCGACCUCUCUGACGUAGCACAUGAUAAGCAACCCACACUUGAUGGUGACAAGAGCAUGAACGUCGACAUCGAGCGCGCAUCCUCCGAGCGACACAUGCAAGUAUUGAAGAUCAUGAUGGAGACGGAUCUAAUCUCUAUGGACGACGACGACGAAGAUAAUUGUGGAUUUUACCGUAGAAUCGAUGUUGAGAUGAUGCCAUAUCUAGUCGAACACGUGAAGAGGUUGCAAAAUAGGCUGUCUGGACAUGUAAAUGAUCUUGAGAAUUUGACCACAUUAAUUACUUUAUCUGGCGGAUGA